AUGGGCUUCACAGUCAUCGACACCCCGGGUCUGUUUGACACUCAACUCUCAGAGUCUUCAGUGAGGACCCAACUGGUGGAGUGCAUCGCCCUCUCCUCUCCUGGACCCCAUGUCUUCCUGCUUGUUGUCCCAAUUGGUCGUUUCACAGAUGAAGAGCAGAAUGCUGUUAAGAGGAUCCAGGACAUGUUUGGAGAGGCAGCAGGGAGACACACCAUGGUUCUGUUCACCUGCGGAGAUAGAUUAAAAGAGAAGAGAAUUGAGGAGUUCAUCCAAGAGACUGGUGCAAGUCUAAAGCAAAUCAUUGAGACAUGUGGAAACAGAUACCACGUCUUCAACAAUGAGAACUUGGACGAUCGUGAGCAAGUAAAGCAUCUGAUGGACAAAGUUACAGCCAUGGUGAAAGAGAAUGAAGAGGAAUACUACACCAACGACAUGUACCAACAAGUGGAGAAAGCCAUCCAGAGGAGAGAGGAAGAACUGAAACGGGGGUAUGAAAAAGAGCUGAAAGAUAAAGAAGACCUGGAGUCAGAAUUAGAGCGAGCAAUGAAGGCACUGGCUCUGAAAGACUCUGAUAUACAAGAAAAACAGAAAGAGAUAGAUGACCUGCAUGGACAAGUGAAACGGAUAAGAGAGGACAAAGACUUGCUAAAAAAGCAGAAGGAGACAGUCAGAGAGAAGGCAGAAAAAGAAGAAUAUUGUUGUUGA